UACUGUGUAGAGAGCCCCUCGACUCGAAUUUCUCCGCUACCUCGAAUCCCGGCAGCCGCCGUUACGCCGCCGCCGCCGCAAGCGCCAUGAUCCGCCAACUCCGGAAGCGCAUCGCCCCUCCGCUCCUCCACUCCGUAUCCCGCGCCCCCGGCCCCCACGCCUCCUCCCCCCUCGCCUCCCUCCGCAGCUACCUCUCCACCACCACCGCACCCACCAUUUCCCCCAGGCCCUUCGCCGUCGAGGACUACCUCGUCGCCACCUGCGGCCUCUCCCCGGCCCUGGCCCUCAAGGCGUCCAGGAAGAUCUCCCACCUCAAGUCCCCCUCCAAGCCCGACGCCGUCCUCGCCUUCCUCGCCGGCCUCGGCGUCCCCCGCGCCGACGUCGCAAAGCUCGUCGCUGCCGACCCGCAAUUCCUCUGCGCCAGCGUGGAGAGGACCCUCGCCCCCCGCGUCGCGGAGCUCUGCGACCUCGGCCUGUCGCGCUCUGAGGUCGCGCGCAUCAUCCCGGUCGCCCUCUAUUCCUUCCGCAGAUGCGCCAUCGGUCGCACGGUUAGUUUCUGGCUUCCAGUCUUUGGCUCCUUCGAUAAGUUGCUGCAAGGCAUCAAGAACAACGCCGGCAUCUUCUCUGUCGACUUCGAGAGUGUGGCCAAGCCUAACCUGGACUUUCUCCAGCAGUGUGGGCUAAGUGCUUGUGAAGUUGUUGGUGUGAAUAAGUACUCCAGCCGAGUGUUGACUAUGAAGCCCGAACUUCUCCGUGAGGCUGCUGAGCGAGUGGAGGAGUUAGGCAUUAAGCGCAACUCACCAACGUUCCGCCAUGCUUUUUGUUUAGUUCCUUUCAUGAGCCAAGAGCAUGUCGCUAAGAAAAUAGGGCUGUUGAAGAAGCUUGGGUUUUCACAACACCAGGCCUUGGAGAUUGUGAGGAAAGCGCCACUUGUCUUGGGUUCAACUGAGGACAGGAUUCGGAAGGUUGUAGAUUUCUUGAUGAAGGAUGCUGGUCUUGAGGCACAUUACAUUGCGCAAAGGCCAGUGCUGAUCAUGUAUAGCCUUGAGCGGCGGUUAUUGCCCCGGCAUCGUCUUCUCAGUGCUCUCAGGGCAAAAGGUUUCUGCAAUCUUGAGUUAAACUCCUAUACUGUAGCAAUGGUUGAAAAGACUUUUGUGCAAAAGUUUGUGACUCCAUAUAAGGACAAUAUCCCAGGCCUUGCUGAAGAUUAUACCUCCAGCCAUAUUCCUGUAUGAGUGGGCUGCUUGUAAAGGAGCCUUAACUGGGUGAGGGUUUGUUCCAGGAAAGUACCAAGUCAAGCCAUUACCUCAAUUGAUUCCACCAAUCUUUCAUUUUUGUACUGGGGAAUAUAUUGAUAUUGACAGGCCAUUUGGUUCUUGGUAUAGCUAAUGUUCUAGCUACAUGCUCGUGAUCAAAUUGUCACUGUUGUUUGGUUUAGUAAUGAAAGCUGGAAGCCUGGAACAGAUUAGUGAAAUACAGCAAGUUAGCAGCAUGCUUUUGGUGUUUUAUGUGAUCCUGCAUUUUUCGGCUUGCAGUGGCUUUCUUGUUAUAUAACAAAGUUGGUAACUUGGUAUCUGUUGACUUCUCGAAGGCUUAAAUGCAAGCUACAUGGACAAUUUAGACCUAAUGCAGUAAUGCUGCCUAUUGGUACUAGUAGAGUCAGAUUGGCCUGAAUCUUGUGCUCCCACCAGCCUGCUUGGUUCUGCCUCAGCUGCUGCAUGCUUGUCGGUCGCCAAAUUUUUCAAAGCUGAUUUGAAGAUUGCAUUGACAUUGACACUCAGUUCAUCAGUGAUCACUUUGCUUGCUAUGCACAAAAAGAAGAAAUUGAUCAUGCUGCAAGUUUGUCGUUCAUAGUUCGAGAAGUUAGGAAUGAAUCAUAACUAAUGUAUUUGCCUUUGUUCGAUGAUCAUAUGAUUUUACUUGAAAUUUAUACACUCAUCUGCUCCUUUCUGUAGGCUGGCUGGAUGUUGUAAUUUGUUGAUGCUAUUGCUGCAUCUGUUGGUCUCGUGUCCUUCACUGAAUCACUUUGUGUUGAUUAAUCUAAAUUAUUGAUGGUUUUGCUUAUUUUGAUUGAUCUCUCCUUUUUUUUUUUGUUAUUGCUACUUCUGUUCCUAGCAUUGCUUCCGUCUGUGUAUGCCUCAGGCAACUUAUGAUUAUCACAACACUACUGCCAGAUCUUGUUAACUUUAUAAUUAUUUUUUCUAAUUAAUGAUGUACACCAAAGUUGAAUGUU